UCUCUUCCUAUGGUGUACUUGAUACCGGCUGUAUCGUCACCCAACUACCAACCUCUGGAUUCUGCUAGGUUAAAUCAGAUAGAUGUGCUUUUAUGUUUGUUUUACUUUGGAUGCUAUAGUGCUAUCUAACGUCACCUGGCCGCACUGAGUUUUUAUUAGUGCAUGAUUUAAUUAUUAUUAUUAUUUUUUAAUUCUUUCUGAAUAUUGCGCUGCGUUAAUGGCAGACUCGGAGAUGCCAGCCAAACCACAUGGAGUUGGAGUCUUCAUAGAGCUGAGAAAAAGGCUUCAGAGUGGACUACUUAUUGUCGGAAAAGAUGUAGCCAGAAGUCCUGCAGACGUGGUCGUGACAGGUGGAGAUUCCUCUCUCCACAUCCGGACUCCCAGAGGCCAGCUGAGCCUGACUUUGCCAGAAGGAGUGACCUUCGAGCAAGGAUCCUGCAUUCCGACACAUGCAGGAGAAUCCUGUGGAGAGGAGCUGCAUUUCAGACUGCGCAUCACUGUCGCACAAAGGACAGAUGAAGAGGCUUCUGACAGCGUGAUGGAGAGACUUCGGGCAAACGAGACUUAUUGCUUCCUCUGCCAGGGCUGCAUGACCAGGCUGCUCGAGGACAGAGUGUUUAAACGAGUUCUUCCUCUCCCUAAUGGCAACUGGAACGCUAUCGUGGACGACUGGUGUUGCCACCCAGAUCCGUUCGCUAAGAAGCUGCUGCCCCGAGCAGGGGAUUGUUUACUGGGCGACACCUUCCUCCUCCUUGCCAGAGAUGGUAACUGCGCACAGACUCUCACAGAGGAAGUGAGCCCUGUUGGCUCAGAUGACAGUCAAGAUCCAAAGAAACCCUGCCGCCGCCUGACACUCGUCUCCUGCAAGAGCUGUUCAUCAGAGCUGGGAGAGGCUGUCGCACCAGAAAACCUGAAACUGUACAUCACACAGGUGGUGGUGGAGCCCGCUGUGGGAGACAGAAAGCCAGAAGCUUCACUUAACAGAUCUCUCUUCCUGGAGAGGGCUAUAGCAGCCAGGCUGUUGGGGCUGUCCAACUCACUGAGCACCUUCCACUUCUCUGUCCAGACUCCUGAUGAAAAAGCUUUCUUAUUGCUCUGGCUGCUGAACAGUGACUCCAUCGUAGCGUCAGUCCCAGAGAGGUGUGUCGGGGGUGAGAGGUCUAUCAGCUCCCCCGCUCUUCACAGUCCAUCAACCAGAGCUGCCAGAGCACUGAAACUCCUCUACACCGCCUGCUCUGACACAGGCAUCCAGCAGAGAGACAUUGUAACUAGUUGGGAGGUCAAUGCCAUAGGACAUCCUGUGGUGCUGCCGCUGAAGGUGUGUGAGGAGCUGCUGCAAGUGAUAGAUGACAGCAACUCUGCGCUUCCUGUGUCUACGCGUUGCAUGAGGUCCUAUAAGGUGGCGUACCUUAGACUGUGAGGUCAAAGGCCAGAUGCCAGGAGGUCGAGACUCCACCCGUCACUCUUGGUUGAGAAUUCAAGAGGACCUGGGACAGCUGAGAGAGGAACUUUGGUCUACAUGUACAUGUACUAUAUGCUUGUAUAUGUUAAGAUGACAUCCUGCACAGAUUUCCAGUAAGUAUGAGAAUGGAGAUUACUGCAAGUCAAGUCAAGUUGUUGUUUCUGGUUGCUUCUACAUGUUUGGUAGUGUCAUCACCUGCAAACAGAUUCAUGUUGAAACAGGUUGCUGCCAGGCUUCUAAAUGUUAACGCUGGGAAUGCAAAACUGGAAGAGAAUGAUAACAACAUCGAAAUUGUUUUCAUAGAAAAGAUAGUUACAUCUCGUUGUAGUAGUUUUUUAUUAUUAUUAAUCCUAAUGUGUAAUUGUAUCAAAAAGUAUCAUAAUGGUUGAAAAGCCUGUAUGUGUACAUUGUAUGUUUGUCCAUUCCUAAACUUCAUUUUGUAUUUUUUCUACCAUUCUCGGAAAAAAACAGAUUAAACUGUCGUAUUUUUGGAAGCAUCACCUCUUCCUUUUGUUUUUUCUGUCUACUGUAGAGCACUGCUGGUUGAUAUGUGGGACAUUGUUCUUGAGUUGGCUCUUGAUGAAAGCUUAUUAUAGAGGCACUUCAGCCCCAGGGUACAGCAGUGCAUCCUCCGCUUGAGUAUACUGUAAUUACAGCUUGUGGAGCUAGGUGAUUUUUGUCUAGUUGCGGGUUUAUGUGUGAGUGUGUGUCAAUGAUUGAUGGUAUUUAUGUAUGUAUUUAUGCAUGGAAGUGAGAAUCAUUGUGAAAAUGUAUGGUCAGACUCUGAAAAUGGGCCUUUGAAUUUGAAACAUUAUACACUCUUCACCUUCUAAAGUUCAGAAUGAUAUGGACUGGUUAAGUUCUUACAGUAUGUCAAAGUACUUUUUAGCCACAGUAGCAGUGUUUAUCUCGGGAUGGCAAUGUCAGUCUGUCAUUUGGUCAAUCCACCACUUUGGUUCAGACUAAAAUCUCUCAACAACUAUCGGAUGUACUGCCAUGAAAUUUGUAUAAAGAUAUUGAUGGUCCUCAGAGGUUGAA